AAAGUUUGACAAUAGAAGUAUGAUGAUGUAAAUAUAGACAAAAUUUUGUUGCAUUGUUUUAUAUGUUGUUUGUAGUAUAAUUUUCAUUGUUGUGCUUUUUGUUAAAUAAAAAUAAAAUAAUCAAAUAAAUAAAUUUUUCUGGUUGCACUGAAUUUUGCGUAAGGCAAACGAAAAUAAUGUUCAACCGGGGAUAUGUUUUAUACUAAAGAAGAAGAGAAAGAAGCCAUCUUGGCCACUCUUCUUUUUGAUAGAGACCGCCAAAAGGCCAAACCGAAACAACGUCAACAUUGAACGUGAAUGAAUGAUACGUGAUAUUUUACUGCUUCUUGAUUUGUACUUAAUUUCGUAAGUACAUAUACAGAUUUUAAUAUAAUUAAAUUAGCGUUUGAAAAUGCCGCAACAAUUACGUGUCGUUCGCUGCUAUCAGUGCAAAAAAUUUCAGUCCGAUAUUGUUAAGAAAGCCCCCAAAUGGGUCUGCAAAUUGUGUGGCUCAAAACAAUCUCUAAUCAAAGAGUUUGCUCGCGGCUCGGGCAAAGAAUGUAGACUGCUUGUACAGCAAUUGAGUAACCGUGAAAUGAGCGAGGAACAAAUAAUGCAAGAGGUUUCGCAGAAGGUUUUGUCCGGGGAGAUCAGCCUAGCUUCAGUCGAAUUUGCGAAUCCAGUCCAGGAAAGGUCGGAAAAUAUAGUCCAACAUUGUUCUACAAAUUUAGGUGCUUUGAAGCAAAACAAUAAAUGGGAGAGUUUCUGUGAACCACCUGAUAGGGAGAUGAAAGAAGAUUUAGUAUCUCCUGUAACAGCAUGUUUGAGUACUAAACCGGCGAAUAAUGAGUCCUCAGUCUUUAAAGAUAGUGAACAAGUGAAUAGUAGAAGCACCAAAUUUAAUUAUACACCAACUUCGUACACCAUGAAAAGGCCCGCGACGUCCACCUGCCUACCCUUGAUGGAUUUUCAUCAAGUGACUGGCAAAUUUGAAAAGGAAUUCAAAUAUCAUUCAAAAAACGCCUCUACUUUCAAAUCAGAACGAACGAUUUCGUCAGUUGAUGCCAAUAAAACUUCGGAUUUACAGGCUACAUUCAUGACGGAAGCAGAAUCGUCUAGUGAUAGAAACAUAGGGAAAACAAAUCCCUUGAUGAAUUACAGUAAAAAAUCAAAACGAGAGCCAUCAACUCUGACGCAGGAGAAUACUUGCGAAGUAUUGGAAAGUACAAAGGUAAAUGCUCAAUCUCCAAGUAGUUCGUCGAAAUGGAGUCAAUUUCUUAUCAAUGAUGUAACGAGUGUAGAAGAAGAGUUAUAAUAUUUUAUAGCUGAUUUUGCAAAGCAUCUAAGGCCAUUCACAUUCACAAAUUUUGUUCUGUAUAUAUCGGUGACUCUAAAACACGAAGAAGUAAAUAAUUAACGUAAUAAU